GCACCGCCGCCGGCGGGGAGGAAGGCCCACGGUCGGGGAGGUGUCGCCUCAGCCCGCGCUGAGCAGCCAUGGAGAGGAUGCAGCAGGUCGUUGGGCGGGCGAGAGCCGCCUUCAACUCGGGCCGGUGCCGCUCGCUGGAGUUCAGGAUGCAGCAGCUGAAGGCCCUGGAGCGGAUGGUGCAGGAGAAGGAGAAGGAGAUCCUGGCAGCCAUCAAGGCGGAUCUGCACAAGAGUGGGCCCAACGCGUACAGCCAUGAGAUCCUGGGCGUGCUGGGGGAGCUGGCCCUGGCCAUGGACAAGCUGCCGUCGUGGGCAGCCCCUCAGCCUGUGAAGAGGAACCUGCUGACGAUGCGGGACGAGGCCUACAUCUGCCCCGAGCCGCUGGGGGUGGUGCUGAUCAUCGGGGCCUGGAACUACCCCUUUGUGCUGGUCAUGCAGCCUUUGAUCGGGGCCAUCGCCGCAGGCAAUGCUGUGGUGGUGAAGCCGUCAGAGAUCAGCGAGAACACGGCUCAGCUGGUGGCUGAUCUCCUCCCUCAGUACCUUGACCGGGAGCUGUACCCUGUGGUCACUGGAGGAGUACCUGAGACGACAGCGCUGCUGACCCAGAGAUUCGAUCACAUCCUCUACACCGGCAACUCCACAGUGGGCAAAAUCGUGAUGGCAGCGGCCGCCAAGCACCUGACGCCCGUCACCCUGGAGCUGGGCGGGAAGAGCCCCUGCUACAUCGACAAGGACUGUGACCUGGCCGUCGCCUGCAGGCGGAUAACGUGGGGGAAGUACAUGAACUGUGGGCAAACCUGCAUCGCCCCAGACUACAUCCUCUGCGAGCCGUCCAUCCAGAGCGAGGUGGUGGAGAAUAUCAAGGCGACUCUGCAGGAAUUCUACGGGGAAGAGGUGAAGUCGUCUCCGGAUUACGAAAGGAUCAUCAACAAGCAUCACUUCAAGAGGAUCGUGGGCUUGCUGGAAGGGCAGAAGAUCGCUUACGGGGGAGAGGCUGAUGAGGCCUCCUGCUUCAUAGCACCGACUAUCCUCACCAAUGUUUCUCCGGAGUCGAAGGUGAUGGAGGAGGAAAUCUUUGGACCGGUCCUCCCCAUUCUGACCGUGAGGAGCGUAGACGAAGCCAUUGAGUUCAUCAACCGUCGGGAGAAGCCCCUUGCCCUGUAUGUUUUCUCCAACAACAAGAAGUUAAUCAAAAGAGUCAUCUCGGAAACCUCCAGUGGGGGUGUUACUGGAAAUGAUGUCAUCAUGCAUUUCUUCCUCUCAACCUUACCCUUUGGCGGUGUCGGUAACAGCGGGAUGGGCGCCUACCACGGCAAGCACAGCUUUGAGACCUUCUCCCACCGCCGCGCCUGCUUGAUCAAGGACCUGAAGAUGGAGGGUACGAACAAACUGCGGUACCCACCUGGCAGCCAGAAGAAGGUGGAUUGGGCCAAGUUCUUCCUCUUGAAGCGGUCUAACAAGGGCCGAAUUGGAGUGGUCAUCUUGGCCCUGCUGGGGAUUGUGGCAGCGGUGGUGAUAAAGAAUCACCAGUCUGUGCUGAAGAGAAAAGCCCUCUUGAUUGUGCUGGCUGUUCAGAGGCUGGGCUGGCUCAGUGUGUGAUAAGGAGGAGCAGGUUUCAGAGCACUGCUGUGGCUGUCACAGUGAGAUGGUUUACUACUGAAGAGAGGAGAAGGCGCCAUGUGCAAGUCAUACUCUGAGUGCUCACUUUAUGUCUGUUUCCUUAAGCUGAGAAGUCAUUUUUUUUUCUUUUGUACUGGGUUAUUUCAGUGAGCUGUUGAGCACACAGAGCAGCCUUAGGGAGACACUAACCAAGAGAAGGCUCGGACUCCUGUUUACUAAAAAGCCAUGCUGAAACGGAGUGACCAGUGGGUACAAGCUCUCAAAAGGAGGACUGCAGAGCAAGAAAUACCAGUCCCUACCUCCACCCCAUGCCACACAGAGCUCUGCUUCCAGGGACGCGCACACUGUGUCUUGCACCAAACUGCUUCCCUUCCUUCAGUGACAAACAGGAGCUUAAGUUUCAGCUGUGGUUGGGUUGACAGUGUUUUCCCUGCAGUUUUUGGGAUGAUCUGUCUUCUGUUGUGCUCCGAACAACCACCCUCUUGGUGACGAGUCUGAGACAGGCUGUGCUGGCUGAUGCAUUUUACCAAUAGUGACGGUUAUGAAUAAACCUAGUGAGGUUCCCUUUGCCAUUUAAUUGAGGUGAAAUAUUCACGGAUCUCUGUGAACCAGAAUCAUCCAUAGCUGGUCAGGGGAUGCAGGCUGAUGCCCUUUUUGGGGCUCUGGGUUUCAGCGUGUGCCUGUAACAAUUAUUUGGUAGGUAGAAAAUAACAAAGGUGAUACCUGCGCUGCCUGUAUUUUGCUGAUAAGAGUAUCUUAUGCUCAUACAAAAGAACUUUCAGGCCUGUUUGGAGAAGUGGGUAUCACAAAGUACCCUGGUGGGGGUUAGCCCCGGUGGGCAUCUGAGCCCCACACAGCCGCUCGCUCACUCCCCAAGUGGAACAGGGAAGAGAAUCAGAAGGGUAAAAGGGAGAAAACUUGUAGGUUGAGAUAAGGACAGUUUAAUAGGUAAAGUGAAAGCUGGGCGUGCAAGCAAGCAAAUUAAGGAAUCCAUUCAUUACUUCCCGUCGGCAGGCAGAUGUUCGGCCAUCCCCAGGGCUUCAUCACACGUAACGGUGACUUGGGAAGACAUGCCGUAACUCCCAAUGUCCCCUCCCGCCUUCCUCUUCUUUCCCCCUGCAGCUUUUAUCGCUGAGCACAACAUCGUAUGGUCUGGAAUGUCCCUUUGGUCAGUUGGGGUCGGCUCUCCCAGCCGUGUCCCCUCCCCGCUUCUUGCCAGCCCCAGCCUACACGCUGGCGGGGCGGUGUGAGAAACAGAGAGACCUUGAUGCUGUGCAAGCACCGUUCAGCAGCAGCUACGCCACGGGUGUGUUACCAGCGCUGUUUUGGUCACAAAUCGAAAACACAGCGCCAUCCUACUAUGAAGAAACUUAGCAACUAUGAUGAAAAUUGACUCCAUCCCAGCCAAAACCAGUACAAACCCGUUCCUGGUCAGAUUCCUCCAAGGGAAAACAAUUACUGAAAGAGCAUGUACUCCUUUGUGUUCAAGCUUCUGGGUCUGCUAUAAUCUUGCACUGGGAGAUAAUAUGGGGCUUGUUCUAGCUUGGGGAGAGGAUGCUAGAGAAAUUUAAGGUGAAAGGACCUUAGAAAUAUUAACGUUUAAAUAAGGAAAACUUAAAAAUUAUUAUUAAAUGCAAUUAAUAUAGAGUAGAAAAUUAUAUUUGCUGUGCAAUAGGUGGGAUUUCUUCAAUUCUGGUGAAAAUCCAUAUGCUAAGCUUUUUAAUGAUAUAUUUUGCAAGUACUAAAUAAACACUGAGAA